AUAGCAAAACGGUGAUGUAGGCUUCAAGAAAGGAGGGUCUUCGUCUCUGUCUGUAUCUCUGUCUUUGGAUCUUGGAAAACGUAUGCAAACUCCAGAAGAGAAAACCCAUCUCUUCUUAGAAGAUAGAUAAGGGUAAUGGCAGCAGCUGAAGCACGGAGAGCAUGGCAGCAUAGAGCGAAUUGUUGUUUUUCCCAAGAUGAUGGGAGGAGUGCUCAAAGAUUUUCACGUCACCCGUCAUCAUCUUCCUCAAAAGAAUCUGAUAGUGCUCAUGAGAAUGCUUCAUAUGGGAUUGAUCACCUUAUCCCAGAACGCACGCCUUAUAACUCAACUCCGGAGCUAACACCCAGCACUAGAUGGUGGUUAAACCUGGAACCAAACUUUGGGCCUCAAAAGGAAUUUAUUGAUGAUCAGCGAAAAAGCCUGGACGCUGAAGUGUUAAAUUCUGGAUAUAUCAAUAAAACUGCCAUCAUAAAUGAUUAUUAUCAGUGCAAGGAGGUAUUUAGUACUCAAAGUGAUAGUGAAAAGAGUGUCAACUGUUUUUUGGAGAAACCAUGUACUGUUUCAGUCACUUCUCCAAAAGGUGACCAAAGUAAGAGAAUACAAGAACUCAAGGCUGGAACUGGUAAUGGUCCACAGUUGCCUAAGAAAAGGGACACAGGAGAGUUUUGGUGCUGCGAUGAUGACUUCAUGAACUUGGAUUCUUUCAACAGCUUGGAUUCUGAACAAAGCAAGAAGCUGUCUCCUGAUUUGGAUACCCAAUGGGUGGGAAGUGAGAAGUCUGAACCAUGGUGGCGCUCUGCUGGUAAAGAUGAGUUGGCUUCCUUGGUUGCUCAGAAGUCACUUGAAAAUGUUGAGAAUUGUGAUCUUCCACGGCCCCAGAUUAGGAUGGGCGCUCUCGCUUCUACAAAGUUUCCUGACCCUAAUUUAUCCUUAGAUCAGAUGACUGAACUGGGUUUAUCCAAUGUCACCACUUAUACUCAGGGAAGCUUAACUUCAGGUCACUCAGCAUAUGAUCCAGAUAGUUCACUAAGCCACAACAAUGAUUAUGCUGCAACCAACCAAGAUGAGCCAGAAGAUGAGCGGAGCAAAGCUCAGCUGCUGGAAGCGUUGUGUCAUUCUCAGACACGAGCUAGGAAAGCUGAGAAUGCUGCACAGCAGGCCUAUACAGAGAAGGAGCACAUCAUCAGUCUCUUUUUCAAACAGGCAUCACAGCUGUUUGCCUACAAGCAGUGGCUCCAUCUGCUCCAAAUUGAGAACUUUUGCCUGCAGCUGAACAAAAAAGAUGGCUUACCAUGGUCCCCAUACAAGGGCAGACCCUUAAAAAAGAAGGGUCAGCGCAGGGCGGGAAGGAGGAGCGGCGGCAGGAUAAGGUAUGAGAUCAGCAAGGGUGCUGUUGCUUUUGCUCUAGGAUUAGGUCUUGCUGGUGCGGGCUUGCUCCUCGGAUGGACUAUGGGGUGGUUGUUUCCAGCUUUUUAGACUACUCUUCAUCCUGACCAUUACCUUGUUUAGUAUGGCUCUUGAGUGGUAAUUACUAUUCCCUGAUUAUGUAGGGUUUCAAUAUCAGAUUAGUUCCUCUUUCAUCACCUCUUAAGUAAGAAUUUCAGUUGUUUAGGUUUGUUGAUUGUGUAUAUAACUAUAUACAAAAACAGGUAUUUAUGGUCAUUUUGUAAAAAGUAUGUAAUUAAUUUUAUGUAUUUUUAGUCGAUCUUUCUUCCC